CGCCUCUUGUACAGACUCCGGCAAGAAACCUACGAGUGAAGUACCUUUAAAAAGAAGAAACAACUUACCUCCUGAGAAUAUCUUACUUCAGCAACACAUCGAAGAUACUUUUUUCCAGACGUUUUUGUAUAUCCUGGUGCUUUGGACCUAAAUUAACUUACUAUUUAAAAGUUGCAUAGCCUACUUCACGUUUUUUACUACCUCUAUCAAUUAAAAAAUGUUUCCCGAGACUAACAAAGGCUAUAGCUAUGAUGACUGCAAAGGCACGGCUGAUUGGCUGCUGGCCCAGACCGACGUUCGUCCCACCAUUGGCAUCGUGUGCGGCUCUGGGCUCGGGGGGCUGGCUGACAUGUUGAAAGAUCAGGUGGCAUUCAACUACAAAGACAUCCCCAACUUCCCCCAAAGCACCGUUCAUGGACAUGCGGGGAGACUGGUGUUUGGCACUUUAAAAGGACGACCCUGUGUCUGCAUGCAGGGACGAUUCCACCUGUACGAGGGUUACUCUGCGCAGAAGAUCACCCUUCCAAUGCGCAUCUUCAAACUGCUCGGUGUUGAAACUGUUAUUCUCACAAACGCAGCCGGCGGACUCAAUGAAGAUUUUAAAGUUGGAGAUGUUAUGAUUAUAAAGGACCACAUCAACAUCCCUGGGUUUGCCGGCCUCAGCCCGCUUGUCGGUCCCAAUGAUGAGAGGUUCGGCGUUCGUUUUCCUUGUAUGUCUGACGCUUACGACCGCGAGCUGAGGCAGUUGGCCAUGGACGUGGCUCAGGAGCUGGGGUAUGAGGACUUCAUGAAGGAGGGCGUCUACUGCGUCCUGGGGGGUCCAACUUUUGAGACCAUCGCUGAGUGCAGAAUGCUCUACAGGCUGGGAGCAGAUGCUGUCGGCAUGAGUACUGCUCCAGAGGUGAUCGUGGCCCGGCACUGCGGUAUGCGCGUGUUCGCUCUCUCGCUGAUCACAAACCAAGCCGUGAUGGACUACGACAGUGAAGAAAAAGCCAACCACGAGGAGGUGCUUCAGACCGGAAAGCAUCGGGCGGAGCAACUGGAGAGGCUGGUGUCCACAAUGGUGACCAGGAUUGAACAUAACAACAACUACGCCUAAAAAAAAAAAAAAGACUUGCAAUGCAAAAAUAUAAUGAAUAAACAGAAAUGUGUAAAUGUUUUGAGAAGGUGAGGAGAAAUUUGGGAAAAAGAAACCAGGUGUCCAACGGGGUUUAGAGCGAAAGUUUGCAUAGUUGUCAUGGCAAUUGAAAUGUUUAAAUAUUAUUUCUUUUGAUUAGUGAAAAUUACUCAAAAUGGCACUUUUUAGUAAACUGAAAUUAAUCAUUUCAGAAGGCGACAAUUUUUAAAUACAGUCCAAAGAAAAACAUUCAGAAUAGUGAGUUCUUAUAUAAUAAAAAUAAAGUUAAACAUUGUUAGCUAUUGAAGUUCAGCAAUGUUUUGGUUUGCAAUCAGACUUCCAGAAUUGUGCCUCAUCCAGAGACUUAAAAUGCAGCUUUUGUUAUCAUUGCGAGACAGGACUAGUUUCUUGGUAGAGGUCUGCACUUUUUGAUAGCCCUCAUAACUUUUUUUUUUUCAUAAUCAAUACAUCUUUUGGUUCCUUGUCUUAUUGAUAAUCUACCGCACCUAUCAUCUAUAACCUUUGCACAUUUCUGUAUUUGGAAAACUUGUAAAUAUAUAAAUAAGACCGCAUUUAACAAGACUAUUUAUCCUUUUAACCUUCAGAUGUUAUUGGGCUGUUUUUAUUUUAGUCUUAGGUCAAAAUGUUUUUAUGUCGUCUGAGAAAUCCAAAACCAAAUCACCAACGUGCACCUUGUAACAUUCCUGUAACCAUGGUUUCCAGAUGAGAUUAUGAUGGAACUUUUUAUAACUUUUUAAAUUUAUUUGUGCUAACUUAAAACUAUUCGAUCAAUGUGUAAAAAUGUAACUUAACAAUGAAUGACAAUUUCUGUGAAGAUGUGAUAUGUUUGACUGUACAUUAGAAGUGGUUUUAUAUUUGAAUCUUGUUACUAAAAACUAUUUAUUACAA